CACAACUACUUACUACCGAUACAGGACCCAAAACGUGUAGUGUUGUUGCACUACUUUUUGUUUUCGUGGCAAAUUAGUAAUUGCUAACAGUAAACGACCGACUGUCUGCUAUAGCGCUGUGCAAAUUCUGUCAUCUGUCUUCGCCCGAACAGGAAUAUCAUAUAUUGUCCCCAGACUCUUGACGUUUUAGCUGAUUCUGAAAACAAAAAUGAGGAACUCGCGUACCAACAAGCCAAAGGAAACCAACAAACAAAAGAAGGAAAGGAAGAAGGAAUUCUUGGAAAACAAAAAAAAUGUCGUCUCAGUUGUGUUGCCCACUCUGGUCGUCAUAUUUGCUCUCAUCACGCUAUUCAUCUACUUGAAAGUGCAUCCAAAUGCAUUGAACUUCAUGGCUUCUGAGAAAUCACUUUAAACAAUGGAUCUAAUUAUUUUAAUAUCAUAUCUUAUCCAUUCCCCCUUCUGUUGUACACAUAAUUAUCUCCCAAUUUAAGUCUCAAUGUUUUUUUUUUUUUUGUUUAUGGCAUUUGUUAAUAAUAUGUUCUAUGUGCCCUAUAUUUGUGCGCUUACAUUUCAGAUGAAUGAUACAAAUAUUUUCUUUCAAACAUCAUGUUAACAUUUAAUAUAUCCUGCUGAUAUUAUUUGACAAACCACUUUAUCAUGUUAUUCAAUAAUAUUUGGCUACUAAAUCAAU